AUGCCCCGGCGCAGGAAGACCGGAUUCCAACCCGCUUCGUUCAACCUCCGCUGGCACAGCAUCGCGGACCCCAACACGCCUAGUGUUGAUAUUAUGAGCUCGCCUGACCCGCUGAACGAACCCACUAUAUCGUAUCCUAGCUUUGCGCCUCAGUCAUCGGUCUCGUCGCGUCGCGUGUCGCGCAGCCCGCAACGGAGAAUCUCGUUAGCCUCGUCCAAGAAACAGAAACAGAAACAGACGUCUGAGCUGCAAGCCCGGGAUUCAUUGUCGCCGCAGCGGUUACGAGCCCCCGGCGAGACGGAGGGCGACGACGAGAUGGCCUCUGUAUCCAGCGGCACGAGGAGGAAGCUCUUCAAGUCGCCGGUUCAGUCGCCCACAGUGCGGCGCAGGGCGGAUGACACAAUCACGACCACGGUCCCGCUGAGGGAAUCCGUCGAAGAUGAGCUCACAGCUGCGGUAACUCCUAGUAGGAGACGAAGCCGCGCUCGGCCUUCCAAUGGAACACCUCUUCCUACGACGGGAGUCAAGAGGAGGGCGGGAUCACCAAUCAGCAGAAAUCCACGGCGCAUACGUGAUGAGAGAUUCACAGGGGGAAACACCGGGGAGCUACAUUUUGAGGAGAAAGAGAAUGUUCAGGCCACGCCUGCAACCGCAAAGCGAGGGCGUCCGCCCAAAAACAAGGCCGCCCAACCGUCCAGCGAACUAGGAACCGCGAAACGAGGGAGAAGACGACGGGCAAUGGCCCCCGAUGAGUUGGUCGGAAUCACGGAAGAAGCGGCGGCUGAAAGAAGCUUACAAGAUAUUCGCCGGCCAAGCGAAACCCAGCCUCCCUCGAGGCAAAGUGCCAAUGGCAGUGCUUCAGGUUCUAAUGCUGCAUCCAAUGCCGAUACAGAAUCAAUGGACGAUGACGAUGAGCCGACACCUAAGGCCUCAGCACAGCCUUCAACGAUAACAUUACCUUCCAAAAACAGGCCGCUAGGAGCUGCUGAUAAUAGAAACACUGACCGUGCUCCAGAAGCAAGCGACCAUUCCACCGUGGAUGAGCACCAUGACUUUAGCUCUCAGACCAACGACACGAUUGCCCAGGGUGAAGAUUUUAGUAUGAUCUUCAUGGACUCCAUUCCUUCUUUGCAGAACAGUUACAUUGGCAACAGCACUGCCCAUGAUGAUGACGAACUUGGUGAAGACACACAUAUUAUAAUCAACAAUACUCUGGCUUCACUACGGCAGGAGGUCGCUCAAAGCAGCGAUCCAGUAGAUAUCACAGAGGCAAUCGAGAUCCCUGAAGUUCCCGAGCUGGAAGAUUCGCCAGAAAAAGAGGUGGAAUUCAUUCCGAUCAUACGGGAAUCCGCCAGAAAUGCGCGUCUAAGUGACAGUCCGUGGUGGUCUCGCAAACCUAAGAAGAUGGGAUCAUCACCGACAAGACACCAGACGACGUUGUUGAGGUCAGCCGCAAAGAGGUCAGGGAGACUAUUCAAGUUCGACCAACGGGAGGAGGAGCCGACGCCCACUAAGAUUGGUAAACGGCCGGCAUCCGCACAUUCCCAAGAGCGCCAGUCGAAAAUUUACGAAGACUCCUUCUCUGAGAUUCCUCAGAAUUUCCUUGAUGCUGCCACCCCUAAGCCCAUAAAUUUUGCCGCCACUCGAACCGAACGAGAAGUUGAUUUGAUGGAAUACGGAUUGCAUGGAGAGGAAGGGGAACCAGUCGAGGAGGAACCAGCCCAGCAUACCGAAGAACCCGCUGAAGAUGACGUUGAAGAAUAUGUCGAUGAAGAUGCGGAGGAUGUUGCAGACGAGGGGCCGGUAACUGCACAAAUCCAGAGAACGGCUGGGCCAAGUACGAUUAGGCUACCAACACCGCCAUCGCCUGAUAUAAUAAGUUCUCCCGUACGGGAUGUCGUCGAAGAGAGUGAGGACGAGGUGCGCGAGGAAUUCAAAGGGCAUGAAGAAUUCGAAGAACACGAAGGGCAGGAAGAAUAUAAAGAGCACGCAGAACAAGAGGAACAUGAACAUGCGGAACAAGAGGAAUUUGAAGAACACGAGGAGCAUGAAGAAGAACCGGACCAGGACCUGGAGUUGGAGGAGGAAGAAAGAGGAGAAGAAGAGCUGACAGACCACGAAGAACAACAUGAAGAAAUGGAAGACAAUCAGGAGGAGGCAGAAAUGGAAGAGUUUGAAGAGCAUGGACUGCAAGAUGAAGAAGAGGAAGAAGUGGAACAACUGGAACAAGAAAUGGAAGAAGACGAAGAGCAGCAGGAAGAUGAGGGAAAGCAUAAUGAGAAUGAAGAAAUCGAGGAGUACGAGGCGCACGAGCACGAGCACGACCAUGAGCAUGAACACGACCAUGAACAGUACGAGCACGAGCAUGAGGAGUAUGAACACGAGCUGGAGGAGCAUGAGGAACACCAAGAGCUUGAGGAGCAUGAGGAGCACGAGGAGCCCGCAGAGCCCGAAGAGCAUCUCUACGAACCUUCACAUCGCUUGCGAGCAGACCUGUUUGCACGCCAACAGCCUGCGCACAAAGACUAUUAUGCCGACGAAGAAAUGCGCUCCGAUCCUCUAGAGCAACCCGAGCAGCUGGAGCCGACGCCUGAGUACGAAGCGCAGCCAGUGAAAGCCACACCACUCCAUCAGAUGUCAUCGCCACUCCAGGACCCUCAAACCGUCCCUGCAGAACCCGUGCAGUAUCCGGCAAUACGACCUGUCCUUUCUUCAAUAAUGCGAGCUGGCCGUGUUUUACAAAACGUCACUUCAGAUCCACCAUCGCCAGGAGACCGAGAGAAACAUCUGGGAAGCCCAUUCAGGAGUUCCGCAAGCAAAGAGUCAUCACAAGGCGCCAAAGAAGACAGAUAUCAGCUCUCGAGCAAAAGUCCGCCACAGAUGUUCCCUUUUGGCCGCGACCAAUCGACUAUUAACAGGGCGUCUGUGAGUCAUACAGUCACUGCCAAAACCGCGGCUUUUGGUAUGGGCAGUACCGGUGUACGCCGGCCGCUUGAUGUUGGGCCAAAGGAAAUCCUACAUAGGAAGCGACCGUCAUCAAGAGAAUCCGUAGCAAGCUCUCUAGGCAACACACCGCCAAGUGGCAGUGCCACGAAUUGGUUCGAAAGGGAGGGUCCAAUAAGUCCUCUUAUAAAGGGAGUUAACUCAUUCCUGCAAUCAUCGCGCUUCUCGAGCAUUAGGCAUGCUAUUCCGUUUGUUCAAGUUGACGGCGCCGCAGAGGACGAAGAGGAAGAGGAGGAGCAAGCGGAAGAAGAAAUGGAAGAAGAGGAUGAAGAAGACGAGGAAAUGGAAGAACAAGAGCAAGAGGUAGAGGUAGAAGCAGAGGAGGAGGAGCAGCAAGAAGAAGAGGAAGAAGAAGAAGAGGAAACAGAGGAGGAGGAAGAGCCAGAAGAGCUGGAAGAACCAGAAGAGCUAGAGGAACAGGAACAAGAACCGGAGCAGGAAUAUGAAGAACAAAUCCAGGAACAGGGGCUGGAGCAGGAAUAUGAAGAACAGCUGCAGGAACAGCAAUCCGAAGAGGAUGAGGAAGAUGAAGAGGACGAUGACGAUGAUAUUGAUAUCUGGGAAUACGAAGCACGGCGAGAAGUACCGCCUCGCCAAGAACUUCAGCAGCCGCUAAUGCCUUUGGCACAGGAUCGCGGCACGGUGCCGGGCCUUUCAAAUUCCUGGAGAGACGCAAAAGGGGCACCUGCUGCACCCGUUGCGGCUCCAAAUGAUUUGUCAAAAUCAUCUCGCAUGAGGCAGUCGAUUAGCCGGCGCGCUGAGGAGAAUUUUGGAGGCGAGGAGCGCUCUGUGAUUUCACGGAACCAGCAGGAACACGAGCCCGCAGCUGCGUCUAAAUCCAAGCGGUUUGAUCUAUCAUCCUUUUUCUCCUCACCAGCUGCUAUUCCCGGCUUGUUGGCUGAAAAAUUCAUGUCACCCAAAUCCAAGAAAACUGCUGAGGCAACAGUUCAGCAGGCAGAGCCUGCUAAACCCCGACAAGAACCUCCAACAGUGCCUGCGACAGGAAUCUUUUCAAGACCUUCUCAGAAUGGAAAUGUUCCGCGAACUGUUCGUCGCAAAGAGCCUAUAUCUUCAACUGUUCGGCCUAGUCCUCUGGCUGAUGAGCAAGUGGCUGAGCAACCUGCAUCCCCUGGCACUCCUCCUGAGGAACCUUCUCUCCCUGUCAUUCCUCAGAAGCAAAACUUUACGCCGCGGCCGCGACAAUCCAGCGAAUCCUUCUUUCAGCCCUCGUCCUCACUCGCAGCUGCAACUCCACCAAGGAUGCAGUUGACCCAUGACGAUAUUCAUAGGUGGCAGCUCGAAACCUCAAGUGCAAAUGGAAAUUCGCCCACCAGCCCAUCCGCAUUGAGGCCACUGCCGUCAAAACAUGUCUCGCCAAAGAAAUCAAGUCUUCGCUCUCCUCUUAAACCGCAUACUCCAGGACGAGUGGUUGAGUUUACAAGCAGCGUGUUGUCGCCUCAAGAGCAAGCUCAAAUUCGCGAACAACGCGGCCGAGCUAACGAAGAGGUAUCCCAGGAGGAUAUCCGCACCGCCGCCGUACCAACCCAUGCAGAGCCGCGGGCAGGCAAAGGAAGCAUGGGCAGGCAGCAGAAGCAACCGCCACAAAAGCUCGCACCGAAGGUUAUUCAACCCGCAGGCGUGACAAAGAAACGGCCGACAAAGAAGCGAGGGAGACGAGAGCCCCCGUCCGAGACGGUCUGGACCCGUCGACACUGGAUCUUCCUCGAUACACUCUUGCAAAUGCGGCGACAGCGCCCAUUUAGCGAGGAGUACGAGCCUGUCUCCCGACGGUACCUUGGAAAAGUCGUCACUAGCAUGGGCGAGUCUUUGGUGCUGCAGAAGUGGCAUCUCGAGUGCGUGGACGCUUUUAAAUCCCAGAUAGGGGGCUGGGAUGAAGGCGAGCUCGCCAAGAGACUCUUUGCGCUCAUUCUCGGAGAAGCACAGCGGCGUCGAAACUCUGUUGGCUCAUCUCCCGGAGUGAUCUUUCAUUGA